AGAAGUUAACGUCCCAGCCAGGAAGUGACAAAUAACCACUAUCAAGAGAGAACGCUGUCAUCUCUGCCAGGAUUGAAUUGUUAUUCUAUAUCAGAAGAUAUUCCAGGCUGUUAUAUAAUAAAUUAGUGAGUGAAAAACAAGAAAGAUGUUCUCUCCGCGGAUCCUUAAGUCUGCCGGAUCUUUAGUGUGCAGAAGAUUUUCCAAGGGUCAAAUGUCCAGACAAGGAAAUUCUCCUGAUAUGGCUGAAGGAAACUCAUAUUUCCUUGUAAGCAAUGUCCGCAACAGGCUGAGGGAGAUAGUUGGAGCAUCCACUAAUUGGAAAGACCAUCAGCAAGCUUUGGCUGAGCGUGCAUCACUAAGGCAAUAUCUUGCUCAAAGUCAAGAUGAACUGCCUACAAGAAGAAUGAAGGACAGUGCAAUUGAGGUUCACCUCCCUCUGGGUACCCAGCCUGCUCUGAGAGAGAAAUAUCUCAACUAUCAUAAUAGUGUCAGGUUUGGCCGGAUUUUGGAGGACUUGGACAGUUUAGCAGUGCUCAUCUGCUACUCUCACACAUGGAAUAAGGAGCUAAAAAGAUCGCCACUGUCUAUCGUCACUGCCUUAGUGGACAAGAUUGACAUGAGAAAAAACAUCAUCUACCCAGACUGUGAUAUCAAGUUCACAGGUCAUGUCACAUGGGUUGGCAAAACCUCAAUAGAAGCUAAAAUGCACAUGUCUCAGUAUCAUGAUGGGACGUACACUGAUGUAUUAGAUGCCACAUUUGUAAUGGUGGCUCGAGAUGCUGAAAACAAAAGGGCAGCUUAUAUAAACCCACUGAAACCAGAGGGGCCAGAGGAGCAAGCUAUCUUUCAACAAGGGGAGAUUAAUAAGAAGAGGCGAGUUGAGCUGAGCACAGCUUCCCUUUUUAAAGUGGCCCCAACAGCUGAAGAGAGAACUCUGAUUCACAACUUGUUCCUCCACACUCUCGACCCAAGAACUGUGAGUUUUCGAAGUCGGAUUCUACCACCUAACUCAGUGUGGAUGGAAGAUGCCAAAAUGAAAGGGCUUGAGAUUUGUCACCCACAGGAAAGAAACAUCUUCAACAGAAUAUUUGGUGGUUUUCUAAUGAGAAAGGCCUAUGAGCUUGGUUGGGCCAAUGCCUGUGCAUUUGGUGGCUACAGACCAACCCUGGUGGCUGUAGAUGACAUUUUAUUUCGGAAACCAGUUGAAAUUGGUUCCUUGCUAUUGCUAUCCUCACAGGUUUGUUACACAGAAGGAAUGCACAUCCAGGUCAGAGUUCACACAGAGGUGCUCGACCCUUUAUCCCGACAGCACAGCACCACCAAUGUGUUUCACUUCACCUUCCGUGUAGAAAAGGAUGUCCCGGCUGUUGUGCCACAGAGUUAUGGAGAGUCUAUGCUUUACCUGGAUGGAAAGAGGCACUUUGAUGAGGCCAUAAGGAGCCAGUGUUGAGGAUUCUGGGAUGUGUUGAUAGGAUGAUGAGAUUCCUGCCAAAGCAACAUCCAGCACUGCAGUUACACAAGUGUGGUUUCUGUUUCUUUUAUUUUUACGAUAAACUGUAUUAUCUACAGCCAUAUGUGUUUGACCUAGUUAAUAGUCUUUUAAUUUUUUAAUUUUUUAUGUCAAGUUUACAGCAGGAGAGGCACCUGUGGAGAAAAGUGUGUGUGUGUGUGUGUGUGUGUGCGUGCGUGCGCGUGCUUCAUUAAGAGCAACAAUAGACCAUUGUUUGCUUGCCCGAUUUAUUCAAUGCAAAAAAAUCUUUAUUGUUUAUCCUUUUGAUAUUUCAUUCAAAAUAUUCACAAAAAUAUAUCCUCUAAUGGAUACCAAACAAUUGCAAACACAAAUUUGAUUAAAAAACUAAUAUUUAUGUCAAAUAUAUGUGUGGCACAAUUAUCAGCACCCCUAGAAAUUCUUAUGAGUAAAAUAUAUCUAAAGUAUAUUCCCAUUCAUAUUUUACAUUGUUUAGUACACUUGGGUGACUAGGAACAUGAAAUUGUUCAGCCAUGACUUCCUGUUUCUGAGGGGUAUAUAUGAAGUAACACACAAGCCAAAUUCCCUUAGUCAUCAAUCACUAUGGUUAAGACCAAAGAAUGAAGUUAUGGUGUGCGGCAAAAGGUUGUUGAGCUUCACAAAAUGGAAAAUGGCUUUAAGAAAAUAGCUAAAGCAGUGAAAAUACCCACUUCCAUCAUCAGGGGAAUAAUAAGAAUUUCCAAUCAACUGGAGAUGUUACGAAUCGACCUGGUAGAGGAUGCGUGUCUAUAUUGUCUCCAAGCCCAGUUAGGAGGAUGGUUUGAGUGGCCAAAAAUUCUCCAAGGAUCACAGCUGGAGAAUUGCAAAAAUCUGUUGGGUCUUGGGGUCAGAAAGACUCCGAGCUGUCAUCUUGGCAAAGGGAGGUUGCACAAAGUAUUAAAUAAAAGGGUGCCAAUAAUUGUGCCAAACAUGUAUUUGGCAAAGAUAUUUGUUUUUUGAUAAAACUUGUGUUUGCAAUUGUUUGCUAACCGUUAGAGAAUAUAUUAUAAAGACAUUUUUCACAGCCGCCUUUGCUCAUAUUUACCAAGGGUGCCAAUAUUUUUGGCCACCAGCAUGUGUGUGUGUGUAUAUAUAUAUGUAUGUGUAUAUAUAUAUAUAGUGCCUCCUUGUAAAAGGAGACAUACACAUUCUGAACUUUUUGUACACCAUACACUUUGCUCUGAAAGGUUUCCUGAAACCUGAGAUCACGGAAUGAGGUUUUUACUUUGGUUGAAUUUCAAACAUACUCCACCAACUACUAACAUACUUGUCCUAAAGAUGGAGUUAAAUUAAAUCACUUUAUUCUGCACGAUUCAGAAUUCUGACAAAUUGUCUUGUAGGGAAACAUUUUUAUUAACUACAUUUCAGGUCAGCCAAAUAUAGGUUUUCCCAUUGUCAGUUUCUGCAUCAUUGUUAUUAUGCAAAUAGAAAGAUUGUAGAAUGGUCCUAAAAUGAACUCUCUAUGCAGUUAAUGUUAAACUUGAAUAUGGAAGGAAGUCCCGGGUGAAUAACAUGAUCCAUUUUAUUUUUACUGGCCAUAAACUGACAAAUGAAUGCAUGUCUUUUAAAUAUGUUUUUGUGUAACAAUAUAUUUAUCAGCAUAUUUGGGCCUUUGUAUGAGUAGCUGUUCAAUUCUUGGUCAUUCCUUACAGACAGAUGUAUGAACACAUAAAAUAAAUUAUCUGCAUCUCAGUUGGCAGACAUGUUUCACUUGCCUUAUUUGUAAUGUUCAUCUCA